AUUCAUGGCACCCUCACCCGUCAUCGCCAUUAUGCAGGGUGGCCUAUGUGGCACACUUGCUACUAUGUUCAUGUACGGUAUUAUUUGCAUGCAGGCGUUUUUCUAUAUCCAAAAUUACGCAAGUGACAAAAAACGACUCAAGAUCUUGGUCGCUAGUAUAUGGUGUCUUGAGACCGUCCACACAGCAUUGUCAAUUCACUUCGUAGAACACUAUCUGAUCUUGAAUUUCUAUAACCCUGAAGCUCUGGAAUACGUAGUUUGGAGCAUGAGUGUUACAUAUAUUGUCGGCUUCGUCAUUGCUUUUUCUGUGAACUUAUGCUUUAUCUGGCGCAUCUGGCUUCUGGGCAAAAGUUUAUGGAUAUCCUCGUGUCUUGUUAUUCUCGCAACCAUUCGAUUCGGAUUCGGCGUGGGCAACUGUUCAAUGAGUCUUCGCUACACAUUGUGGGCAGUUUUUCGAGACCGUGUCUACCCGACCAUGGUCGCGGGCUGGGUACUUUCUGUUCUGGCAGACAGUGCCAUCGCCUGUGCUUUAUGCUGCUACCUUCAUGCUCACAGAACCGGUAUAAGACGGACCGACAGUAUCAUCAAUCGCCUACUCUUGUACACAAUAAAUACAGGGGCUAUCACCUCCUUUUUCGCAGUCCUUGUCAUCAUCAUGUUCCUCGCUAUUCCGGACACUCAAGCCUUUGUCGCCUUCGUACAGGUGCAAAGCAAACUAUACGCCGUCUCUCUCCUUGCGAGCCUCAACUCUCGUAAAUCAACCCUGCAGAAAGCCCAAAUGGCAAUUCCAACUGAUGUAUCACUCGCCUUCCUACCCACGACGAGCAAAUCGGCACCACUAUCACCUUUCGAAAAACAAACACGGCGUAUUGAGAUCCAUCAGAGUACCGAUGUCUACAACCACCAGGACGACCCAUAGCCUAUAGGGGCAUCUUUGCAAAGAGGACGGCCAUGACUUAUGCGUAUGUAUGUUUGUAUACCACUCUAGCACUAGAUUUUGAUCGGUUCAGAUGUAUAACACCCUUCUCCUGGUAUCAUGAUGACUUUUAUUUU